AUGACCUCUCGAGGCGCUUAUUGUUCUCUGUCAUGCCUCAAUUGUCGAAGCAAAAAGCGAAAGUGUGAUGGUGGAGAGAUUUGCAACUACUGCCGCAGAUUAAACCUCGAAUGUCGUAGAACAUCUAAGGACCAUAGGAGUGAUCGGCUCACAACCUCUGAAGCACAUCAACUUCAAGAGAGUGCUUCACGCCUCAAGCUGCUCGUUGCGCAAAUCGGUGAAAUUGCGAACGAAAACGAUGAUCGGGGCAUAGAGAAGAUCAGAAUGCUCCUACGAAAGGCCCAAACGCCGAACAAGAUCCAGAAGACGACUCGAAAGAUUCCCGUGUCGAUUGGAGCCUCUAGUGGUGGUGGUUUCUCUGUGUUUGGCCCGACCUCUGCAUUUCACAAUCUAGUUGAUAUGUCCAGUGGACCACAGUCCGAGGAGUUAAACAAUGGAGAUUUGUACAAUACAGCUGAAUUAAAGGUAUGCGUCAUCAAUUUUUUCAAAUGGUUGUAUCCGGAUAUAACAGUAUUUAUUCAUAGAGAGAGUUUCUUGAAUGACUUUCUUAUACCCUCCCAAGGCCAGAAAUAUUGUUCCAAAGAGCUCGUGUAUGCCAUUGCAGCCCUCGGGGCAAGAUGUACUGAUGACGAAUCGCAGCGUACGUUGUCUCAAUCAUUUUACGAGACAGCUCGCGCGGAGAUCUUCAGCAAGAAGGUUUGUGAACCGCAGAUCACAACUUUACAAGCGUUGUUGUGUCUAUCAUUGUAUGAGUUAGGUGAUGGAAACGCGUCUGCGAGCUGGAUGCUAUCUGGAAUGGCUAUUCGUAUGGGUUAUGAUUUGGGCUUCCAGUUGAAUCCCUCAGAUUGGGCGAUCGCAGACUCGGGUGGUGACUCUACUUCACAACAAGGCAUCAUAGCGAAUUUGGAUAUUAUGAUUCGGUCGAGAAUAUAUUGGGGUUGCUACAUCCUAGAUCACUUUAUCAGUUUGAUCAUGGGUCGCCCUGUGACAGUUCGUAAAACAGAGGCCAGUAUCCCUUCCAGCGAAAUGUUGCCAAACGCAGAAAACAUUGAUGAAUACGUAUUUCUGUGUGAGAACACCUCUCACAGCGUUGGUAAUCUCGACGCAGCUUUGACUAUUGAGCCCUUGUGCUCUCUCGGCGAAUGCGUUGGUUCAUUGUUAGCAGACAUUUUUUCUGCUUACACAGCGGACGAGAAUUUGUCGUAUUUGAAUAAGAUCAAAGUGGCAAAAUACAAUACCGCUCUAGCGGAUUGGAGACGUAAACUUCCGCUGGCUCUUCGGUGGACAAAGACUUCAAUGUUAACGUGUCAGUACAAUCCUACCGUUAUGAACUACCGCCUAUUCUAUUAUGUGGUGCUAAUAUGCCUCAAUCGACCCUUUCUAGGCCUCGAUCCAAGCGAAUUUCCAGGGCAACCUCCUCUAAAGAUCUGUUCUGAUGCUAUCGCCGAGUUAGCAGGCGCACUUGAGCAGUUCAAUCAAGCCUCCUACCCGCUGUCGAUCCUAGUAGUUUACUCGUCUAUCUUGGCACUCAGUGUCUUGAUCGCUCAGGUUCAAAACCUACCACCCAACGAAAAGCCAGACGAGGUGAAGCUACAGCAGUUGCGAGUAUACCUCAAGACUGUCUCUGGCUCCUCGUCUCGGUGGAAGUUAGCAGCACGAUCGGUGCUUUUCUUCAAAAACAAAGUUGCUGCUCUUCAAAAUGCUGCAAUGUCCGAGAUUUUUGCUGCAGAAGACGAGAAAAGCAACAUUCUCACCCAGAUCGAUUUUGACCAGGUGCUAGAAAUGGGCGAGGACAUGUUUCUUUGGGGUAACCAAGACAAUCUUCUCAACAAUUUUUUCGAGUUUUUUGACCACUCGACCGAAAUGGGCAGCAUCAAAUAG